AUGGUAUUUAAAGAAUUGGCUGAUGCAGAUAUAAAAGUGGUAGUAACAGGAUCAUCAAUCGGAGAAUUGGCAUUACAUUAUUUGAAUCGUUUUAAUAUUAUGGUGGUUAAAGUGUUAUCAAAGUUUGAUUUAAGAAGAUUAUGUAAAGUUUUAGAUGCAAAUGCAUUGGCCAGAUUAGGUGUUCCUACACCAGAAGAGAUGGGUUAUUGUGACAUUGUAGAAACUGUUGAAAUUGGUGGUGAUAGAGUCACCGUUUUUAGACAAG